UCCAUUGAAUGCUGGGAAAGAAACAAUCAUGCAGACAUAGAAACAGGUAUUGAUUCCAGCCUAAUUCCCUGGUGUGGAUGAAUGCUGAGGUGAUGAGAGGGGUGUGUAGGAGAGGAAUGCUGGGCCCACUGGUCAGUGUCUGCUUUGUGCGUUAGAGAAGCUCUCUAGGGGCGGUGUGUGUGUUCUCGUUUGGUUUACAGAGGCAUUUGGGAGCUGUGUGUAUGAUUACAAGCAUCUAUAUAUAAGGUUAUCCAAGGGGUGGAGUCGUGUCCCUCGUGGCUCUAUAUAUCCCAGGGACUGCCAUCGCCCUCAUCCAAACCGCUCCCCAGAGUCCCUUCACCAUGCCAGCCAAGCCAGCCCCCAUAAAGAAGUCCGCCACCAAGAAGGCAGCCAAGGAGAAGGAACCCACACCUGCCCCAGUGGCCACUCCAACCAAAGCUCCAGCGGAGGUCCCAGCGGAGGUCCCAGCGGAGGUCCCAGCAGAGGUCCCAGCGGAGGUCCCAGUUCAGGCACCAGCAGCUGAAGCUGCUGCUUCUCCCGCUGAGGGUGGAGUCCCUGUAGCUGAUGCCCCUGUUGAUGCUGCUCCUUUUGCUGAAGAUGCUUCUGCCACUCCUGCCAGUGAUGCCCCUACACUUGCUACCCCAGCCGCAAAGCCUCCCAAGGCCCCGACACCCCCUCCUGCAGUGCCAACGAGCGCCCCCCAGAAUCUGACCGUAGAAGAUGUCCAGGAAACAUCAGUGACCAUCAGUUGGCUUGCCCCAAAAACCAUCGGAGCCACAGGUCUGGAUGGAUAUACAGUCGAGACCUGCAAGGAUGGAGCCAAAGAGUGGGUGGUGGCUAACGAGGAGCUAACUGUGGCUAAUCGCUACAUGAUAAGGAAUCUGACACCGGGAGACCUGCUGAACAUCCGCGUUGUUGCAGUUAAUGUUGGGGGGCGUAGUGAGCCUGUCGCCCUCCCCCAGCCUGUACCGGUCCACGAAGUACUUGACCGCCCAAGGAUCAAGUUGCCCCGUUUCCUCAGAACUUGUUACACCAGAAAGGUUGGAGAACAGGUCAACAUUGUCAUCCCAUUUCUGGGUCAGCCUAAACCGGUGGUGUGCUGGACUAAGGAUGGGGAACCCCUGGACACCAAUCGGGUCAGCAUCCGGACCAGUGAUAGAGAUUCCAUCCUCUUCAUCAGGAGCGCUAACAGAGAGGAUUCUGGGAACUAUGUAAUCUCUGUCAAAGUGGACAGCCUUGAGGACAGGGCCACCAUCAUAAUGCAGAUAGUUGAGCGACCAGGACCUCCUGCCUCAGUAAAGCUGGUUGACACGUGGGGCUUCAAUGCAGCGCUGGAGUGGACCCCCCCUCGGGACAAUGGCAACACAGAGAUCACGGGAUACAUCGUCCAGAAGGCUGAUAAAAAGACUGGGGAUUGGUUCACAGUUUAUGACAACUGCCACCGCCUCAGUGCCACUGUCUCGGAUCUCAUCAUGGGGAACUCAUACUCCUUUAGGGUGUUCUCUCAGAACAAGGUGGGCAUCAGUGAAGAGGGCACUGUUGCCAAGGGGAUCGCCACCAUCCAGAAAAUAGGUAUUGUCUAUAAACCAGCCCAAUACACUGAACAUGAUUUCAGUGAAGCUCCCAAAUUCACGGCCUCCCUGAACGACCGUGCAGCCACCGUGGGUUAUACAACCAAACUGCUGUGUGCUGUCAGGGGCAGCCCCACGCCAAAGAUUGAAUGGUUGAAGAACCAGAUGGUGAUUGGUAAUGACCCUAAGUUCCGUCAGAUCAGUAACCAGGGAGUGUGUGCUCUGGAGAUCAGGAAGCCGUGCAGCUUUGACGGUGGCGUAUACACCUGCCGUGCCAAGAACGCCCUGGGAGAGGCCACGGUCGCCUGCCGGCUGGAGGUCAAAAAGGUUAUUAUUCCAGAAGCUAAGUAAACAGACCUACACAGUGGGAGAGAGUACAGAAGCUUAUAUGUGUGAAGAGGAAGACGACAGAACCCCCCGAACCCAGCCCCACCUCUGUCUAUGUCAACCCCUCCCUCCGAGCCCAGCCCCACCUCUCUCUAUGUCCAACCCACCCCCCGAACCCAGCCCCACCUCUCUCUAUGUCAACCCCUCCCCCCUAAACCCAGCCCCACCUCUCUCUA